UUAAAAAUAAAAGUUGUCAAUAUAAGAUGCUCAUAGUUCAUGAAAGUUUACAGUUAAAGUUCAGCUUUUGUAGAGCUUUAGUUUAAGUGUUUACACUGCUCUGUCUAAACCUACGAGGUAACAAGGACAACAAUAAUUUACAGAUAUGACUCUUAAGAUUACAUACAAUAUGUAAUUGAACUUUGAACAAUUUAUUUUAGUUGCAGAAGUUCAAAUGGCAAUAGGUUUAAGUAGAACGGAGGAUGAAAUCAUAGGAGUAGUUUCAUUUUGUUUUGAGUCUAGUCUAUCACCAUAGAGUCACAAACACGGUGUAUGAAUUGAAAAAGAGGAGGAAUUUUGAGUCCCAGAAUGGCAAGAAUAGAUGGCAACAACAACAUUCACAUUCCAUCAGGAAACGUCAACUAUGUACGAAUCCCCCAAAAUGGAAACCCUAACCAUACAAGGGCACACAUUACAGCCUGCGAUGAAGAGUCAUCAGUUCAAGUAAAGUCAUUGGGGAAGUCAAACUUCUGUAGAUGGACAAUUGUGUUGUCUGUGAUUGCUGUUGCAUUUUUGAUCGCAGGAGGUAUAACUGCAGCCAUGCUCUUCGGGAGAAAGUCACAUGAGCCUGUUAUCAUAGCAAUAGAAGCAGAAAAUAUACAAGGCAUGGAUGGAAUUAUUGAUUAUGACAACACACCAACUACAUUUCAACCAGCUCCUGUGGAAGAAUACAUAAUCUAUGAUUCUGAAGAACUCAUUCCUGCAGACAUUUUACAAGAGGACAGUGAAAGCAAUGAAUUUGAUGACAAUGAACACCUAGACUUUGAUGAGGACAUUUCUGAGGACAUUAAUGAAGACAUUUUAUCAGAGGGAAGUGGGAGUGAUGAAUUUGAUGAAAGUGAAGAUAUUGAUAGAAAAAGUGAUAGAAGAGUGAAGUCAUUCAUGUGCAAAAUGUUUCCAAGUGUUUUGCCCAAGUUAUGUCGAUUAAAAUAAACUUUCAGAGAUCAGAAGCAACAUAUCUAUUGUCUACACCUUAUUUGCUCAACUUAUAAAUACAUGUACAUAAAUAUUUCUACUACGGGUAAUUCAUGAUCAUGAUUCAUACUUUUCUUUGACAGUUUUUUCAGUUUGUUUCUCAGACAAAAUUUCAAAAUGGUGCUUUAAGUGGAUGGAUAAAGCAGAUUAGUACGUUUAGAAAACUAUUGAAUCACUUGAAAGAAUUUCUGCACAAAUAGGGAAAUGACAGGUGAAUAUAUUUAAGUUUAAAUCGUAACUGAUUUUAUUGUGUGACCCAUGUCUUUAAAAUAGACAUAAAAUAUGUCAACUUUAAGAUAUAGAGAGUUAAAGAUCAAUUGCAUGUUUCGUCUUGGUUUGACAUUGACUGAUCUCAUGCUUUUGAAAAACCAAGCACAUGUACAAUAAGGUGACAUGUAUUAUUGCUAUUUUUGCCAUCUCUGAAUUUUGAUACUUUUACAUGAAAUAAAGACCUGGUUUCCUCUACUCUAUAUAAUAUACAUUUAUGUAAAUAUAUAUAAGGGUUAUGUAGUGGGA